GUUUCAACGGGGCUUGGAUGACGUCAUCCAUGUCAAUCACUUCGAUAACGAGCUGAAGUAUCGGUGAACAAGUGGCUAGAGUUUGCCCCUCUUUAUAUCCAAACAAUCCCCCUCACAAGCCACUUCUCAGAACACACUCUCUGAUAACUCUUUUCGCCGGACGAACAGAAAAAACCGAACAGAAUGCCAGGAAAUUUUGGCCAGAAAAUCCUCAAGACCUUCGGGUUAGACGAUAACCAACAAGGACACGGACAGGGCCAGCCUCCACAACAAUACCAGCACUACCAACCGCCCCCACAGCAGGGUUACCCAGGCCAGCUGCCUGGAAACCGGCACAUUGAAGAAGGAGACCGAGACCUUCACCCAGACAGACAUGGUACAUACCCCCGUCUCGCCAGACUGGGUGAUGGAUCGUUACUUGCCUCGUUCACCCACUUCCAGGGGAAGACACGCGUGCUCGCCGUAUCGAGAAGUACCGACGGCGGUCGGACCUUCGAGGGUUGGGGAGAAGUCAGCCGCGGUGAGGGAGACGUCGACAAUGUGUUUCUUCUAGAGGUCGCACCGGGCACUGUGCUGGGCGCAUUCCGCAAUCACGACCUGGGACCCAACGGCCCAACGCAUUUCCGGAUCACGGUCUGUCGGUCGACGGAUGCCGGCCGGACCUGGCACUUCCUGUCGCAGGCGGCAGAGAAGGGCGCGCCAAACGGUAUCUGGGAACCCUUUAUGCGGUUGGGCAGACAGGGCGAGGUCCAGUUGACGUACUCGAUGGAAUUUGCGCAUAACAACCAGUGCACGAUGAUGGUGCAAUCAUUCGACGGCGGCGCCACGUGGACUCAACCGCGGUGUCUGCAUGGGGACUGUGAUUUGUUGCGUGAUGGGAUGAACGGCAUCGCACCAACUUGGGAUAACGGUCGCGAGGCGCUGGUGAUGAUUUUUGAGACUACCUCGUUUGGCACUUUCAACUUGGAAGCGCUUAUCUCCUACGACGAUGGUCAGACUUGGGGCUGGCGUCAUCGCGUGUAUGUCCCUCCUCAGGGUCACAAUGCGGGUGCUCCCCAGAUUGCCUCCUUCGGUGAUGGAUCGCUGGCGGUUAUCUUCAUGACGGAUGAGGACCACAAUGAAGUGUCGUGGACGAAUAAUGCCUCUAUCAAGGUCGUCUUCGCUGGUCCGCCGCAGAAUGGCCAGAUUCAAUGGACCAGACCGACGGUUAUCUGUCCUCAUACUAGCCACUGGCCGGGUAUUGCUGCUGUGGAUAGAAAUACUUUGUUUGCGACUUUUGAAUGCGAUGGACGUCCGAAGGCGAAGGCAAUCACUCUACACUAGGUAUUUGGUUGGGCGUGGGAACUUUGACAUUUUGAUAGGUAAAGCGGAUGGUUUCAGUUGUAGAGCAGCUGCCAGCAGAUUUCAUCAUGAAUCAAUCUCACAGAUUACUGCUUGACAAACCGUCACGCUUGUAGAAAUUACAAAUGGCUUAACCUAGUGUAUAAGUCCAGCACAAUGCAAC